GUCCGAACAGUGCAAAAGCAAAACCCCACUACCCCUUGAUAGCUCCACUGGUAAUGGCUAAACCUCCUCUAUAACCCUUUCAAAACUAGCCAUGUCGUUGGCAAUUUCCACUCUCAGCUCUCCAAACCCAUUUCUCAAACCUCCUCGCUUCUUCGCCUUCAAUCUCUCCUCUCAGACUCGUCUCUGCUCUCCAACUCCUCCUAACCAUGCCCUUCCAUUUCGCUCCUCUUCAAUCUCAACACAAUCAUCGUUCAAUUUGCUACGUUUUUCUACGAGUAGAAGCAUAGGAUUUUCGAAGCGAGGGUUUCGUGCGAGUGCAGAGAAUGGGGAAGAAGGUGAAAGUAAGAGCUUCUUUGAUAAGGCUGAAGAAGAAGCCCGAGGGCACAGUACCAUGCCUGACCGGUUCAGGCCCUUGACCAAGGAAGCCCCAAGCCCACCUGUUAGGUGGCCUUGGUUCAUAGCUCUUGCUUUCCUUUUGUAUGCCUGGAGAACAGUCUUGUGGGAGUUGUCCAACUGGAAAAAGGUUUUAUCAAGUAUUACCCAGUUCGUGGGAUACCUCUUAAAGCUUGCACUGGCCCUUAUUUUCCAUUUCAUUGGUGAUCCAGUAACUUCUCUGAUCAGAGGAAUAGAAACUACACUUUACACCAUUCGAGCUUUCUACUCAGCAGUGAUAGCAUAUACUCCUAUUCCAGAGCUGACUCUGAUCAUCGUGCUGGUGUCUUCCGUAAUUGCCAUUGCUGAAGCUUCUGUUCCAGACUCUGUAGACAGCCAACCAUACGUUCUUACAGUAGCUGGCUUAAUCGGUUUUGCAGCUGUGAGAGACUUCAUCUCCGAGCUGUCCUUCUGGACUCUCCUAUUGGGAUUGUUUGGUUUUGCUCGGUUUGUUAAGAAGGGGGAUUAUGUUUCUUCUGUGUUACCUGUUGCGGCUGUGCUGGCUGCUGUUGGAGAGCCUUGGGUUCGGUUUGUGGUGAUGACCUCUUAUCUGGCGUUGGCUAUUACUCACCACCACUCAAAAAAGCCAUUGGAAGAUGAAGAUGAAGGAGAAGCCGUUGCAACGGGUAGGAAAGUUCCAGUUCCGUUGCUCUGUGCAGCCGUGGCCAUUGGUGUUCGUGUUGCUGCUAAGUGGGCUGGGUACCGACACUUGACAUGGAUGAUAGUUUGACCAACAUGGGUGUUAUGUUGUAAAGGUUGCAACUGCAUUUUCUUCAUGAGAUCAACUCAAAAGUAGCUAUCAAAGUUUUGUACUCUUCUCCGCUUGUGCUAAUCUUUUUCCUUUUCCAUGGUUUAGAAAGGCCAUUUCAUGCACCUUGGAUAUUAUUGAAUGGUGGUGGUGUUGGCUUAUAGCAGGAUUAUAAUGGUGAGAUGUUUGCUUAGUACAAACAAAAUAUAACUUAUUAUGAUUUCUCAAUCCUUUUAAUUAAAAUGGCUAUGCUCCUUAGUACU